AUGAAAAACCGGGAAAUUCAACUUAGUUUUAAUCUCCUGCUUCUUGCUCUUCUUCCACUUUCUACACUUGCCCGCCCAUUCGUCCUUGUACUCACCCAAGACGACCUCUCCGACCCCGCCGUCACACACAAUCCGUCCUCACCGGGCGACUUCUUCGCCGACUCAUCCGACUUCGACGACUUUCCGGAUUCCGAGUCACUGCCCGACUCCGUUCUCGACCCGGGAUCCUGGUCCCCCAUAUUCGAACCCGAAUCGGAUGAAUCUAAUAACGAGUUGAUUAAUAGUGAGUUGAUCUAUUAUGAUGCGGUGAGGAAGAUGGUGGAAGCGUCGAGUAGGGGUGAAUACAGGCUGAUGGAGGAGGCGGCGUCUGAGAUCGACGCGGCGAGUAUUGGCGGUGACCCGCACGCGCAGUCGGUUAUGGGAUUUUUCUACAAUACUGGGAUGACUAGGGAGAAGAACAAAGCCAAGGCGUUUUUGCAUCACUAUUUCGCUGCGCAGGAUGGGAAUAUGCAGUCCAAGAUGGCGCUUGCUUACACUUACUAUCGCCAAGAAAUGCAUGAUAAAGCAGUGAAGCUGUAUGCUGAAUUGGCGGAAGUAGCUGUGAAUAGUUUUAUUAUCUCAAAGGACUCGCCUAUGAUUGAACCAAUUAGGAUCCACAAUGGUGCAGAGGAGAAUAAGGAAGCUCUGAGGAAGUCCAGAGGAGAGGAAGAUGAAGACUUCCAGAUUCUGGAGUACCAGGCGCAGAAAGGGAAUGCAGGAGCCAUGUAUAAAAUUGGACUAUUCUACUACUUUGGUUUGAGGGGAGUAAGACGCAAUCAUACCAAGGCGCUGGGGUGGUUUUCAAAGGCUGAGGAGAAAGGUGAACCUAGGUCAAUGGAACUUCUUGGAGAGAUAUAUGCAAGGGGAGUAGGGGUCAAAAGGAACUACACCAAGGCACUAGAAUGGCUUACACUUGCAUCAAACCAACAGCUUACUUCUGCUUAUAAUGGAAUGGGGUAUUUAUAUGUAAAGGGCUAUGGAGUGGAAAAGAACUAUACCAAGGGAAAAGAAUACUUUGAGAAGGCUGCCGAAAAUGAAGAAGCUGGUGGGUUUUACAACCUUGGGGUAAUGUAUCUCAAAGGACUUGGGGUGAAGCGGGAUUUAAAGGUAGCAUGCAAUUAUUUUGCACUCGCUACCAAUGCAGGUCAACCGAAAGCAUUCUACCAAUUGGCAAAGAUGUUCCACACAGGUGUGGGGCUCAAGAAGAAUCUUCCCAUGGCAACUGCAUUAUAUAAAUUAGUUGCAGAGCGUGGACCAUGGAGUUCCUUGUCUAGAUGGGCACUAGAAUCAUAUCUGAAAGGUGAUGUCAGCAAGUCAUUCCUUUUGUAUUCAAGGCUGGCAGAGAUGGGGUAUGAGAUUGCACAAAGUAAUGCUGCUUGGAUCCUGGACAAAUACGGGGAACGCUGUGUGUGCAUGGGAGAGUCUGGAAUCUGCACAGAUGCAGAAAGGCACAAGCGUGCUCAUGACUUGUGGUGGCAAGCUUCUGAGCAGGGCAAUGAACAUGCUGCUUUGCUGAUAGGGGAUGCAUAUUACUAUGGUCGGGGUACGGAACGAGAUUAUGAUCGUGCAGCAGAGGCUUAUAUGCAUGCCAAAUCUCAGGCUAAUGCUCAAGCUAUGUUCAACCUGGGGUACAUGCACGAGCACGGAGAAGGGCUACCAUUUGAUCUUCACCUUGCCAAGCGUUACUAUGAUCAAGCCUUAGAAGUUGAUCCUGCAGCAAAGUUGCCUGUAACACUAGCCCUUGCAAGCUUGUGGGUGCGGAAGAACUAUGCCGAUGGUUUCCUGGUUCAUGUAAUCGAUUCACUUCCUGACUUUUACCCAAAAGUGGAGGCAUGGGUGGAAAAUGUUAUUAUGGAGGAAGGAAAUGCAACAAUUCUCACACUCUUCAUCUGCCUACUAACUGUCCUCUACCUUCGUGAGCGACAGCGGAGACAUGGUGCUGCUGCAGCCAUGGUCCCGCCCCACCAACCUGCUGAGCAAGGUGCACCCAUAGUUAAUUGA